AUGGUUGUGGAUAAUGAGUUAUUCCCUGAACCAGAAAAUGAAAUACAAGUUGUAGUUGAUGACAGAAUUGAUGAGGGGAUGGAAUUUCCAGACAAGACCGCUUUUAAGAAACAUCUCAGAAAAUACUGUGUAUCUACUAGGACAGAAUGCAGGUUUAGUAAGAGUGAUAAUAUUAGAAUCAAGGCUGUGUUAAAGGCUUUGGAGAGCCCAUUCUAUGUCCGUGAAUUUGUAGCUCAACAUGUGAUCAACAAGCUAAGGGAGUCACAUGGAAAGAAUGUACCUAAACCUUCUGAGAUUGCUGCCGAGUUUUGGACAAGCCACAACACCUUGAUCCCGUAUCACGUUGCAUGGAAGGCUAGAAACAAUGUGUUGGAGAGGAUAAACGGAAGCUUUGAUGAGAGUUUUAGACUCAUACCAAGUCUGUGUGAAAUGAUCAAAAGGACUAAUCCCGGAUCAAUUGCUACUUUCACUUACGGAAGAGACAAUCGCUUUGAAUCUGUGACCAUAUCUUUUGAUGCCCCAAUGAGGGGUUUUAUAAAUGGUUGUAGAAAUGUGGUUGGGCUGGAUGGUUGUCACCUGAAGGGAAAGUAUGGUGGAUGUCUACUAUCUGCCACUGCUCUUGAUGGGCAGAAUGGAUUGGUUCCUUUGGGUAUCAUGGUUUGUAUAAACGAGUGUGCGGAGAACUGGUUCUUGUUCUUGAAUAAUCUCAAGCAUAGAUUGGCUGAUCAUCCCGUUGAGCCAAUCAACUUCAUAUCUGAUAGACAGAAGGGUUUGAGAGACGCUGUCCAAAAGCACAUGUAUGCAAACUUCAAAAUGCACUACAAGGGAUCUAAACUACACACACUAUUCUGGAAUGCUGCUAGAGCUUAUAAGCCUAAACACUUUCAGGCACACAUGGAUAGUAUGAUGUCAGAGAAUGUUAGUGCUUGUCAGUAUUUGAUGGGCGAGGAUCCUAAAAGCUGGUGCAGGGCCUUUUUUGACCACAAGAGCGCUUGUGAACACUUGAGUAACAACUUUUCUGAAAGUUUCAAUAACAUGAUAACCAACAUUAGGGAGAAACCUGUCUGCAAGCUAGUUUUGAUGUAUGGACAGCUGGUGAUGGGGCUGUUUUACAAGAGAAGAAAUGCUUGUGUUGGAUGGGAUUCUGGGGAUUUGGUUCCUACUGCCAAAAAAUUAUUGAAGAAGAUGUUUAAGAAAACAGGGGAAUAUAAGGUAGAAGGAGGUUGCUGGCAAGCUUUAUGA